UUAAAUUUUUUUAUUUUUUCAUUUUCCAGUUAGAAUUAAAUUAUGGGAGGCGGAGCAGCCAUGAGAGCCGCGGGUAAGGUCGCCGGGAUAGGCGUUUUCAACGGUGGGAUUCGUGGCGGCUUGUCUUCUGCAACCGCCGCGGCCCCGCCCGCAUCACAAUCUCUGCGAAACGCUUCGCGCCCCGUAGGGGGAAUCUUGUCGAGCGGGAAGGUUUCCGCUGGAGGUGAUGUGGCGGAGGUGCAGAAAGCCUCGUGGGAAUUGGAUGACUGGGAGUUCGCCGGGGGAGAAAAUGAUUUUCUGGUGGCGCCAGAGCCGGAAUCGUCUGAGCCAAUGGCUAGGGUUGUAUUUGGGGGUGCGCCAAGCCUUGAGGAGGCUAAGGAAGCCACGUCCGAACUCAAAGAGGCUUUGGAUAAGGUAUAUUUUUCAUCUGAGAAUUCCAGUCUGAGUGAAUAUGAUGGUGUGGUGCCGGUUGCUGCGGUGUCAGAGCUGCAAUUGGUUGCAAACUCUGAAUCUUUGGAGACCAAGAGCUGUAUCUCAUGUGACCCAAAAUCUGUUACGGUUCCAAAACACGCUUUUCAGGCGUUUAAAUUCCUUUGUGAGAAUGCUUCAGCUCAGACUGUUGUUGCAUCAAUUGCUGCUGACUCAAAUGUCUGGAAUGCUGUCAUGCAAAAUGACGCUCUUAUCCAAUUCAUACAGUCCCAGAAAAACAAUGAUACGUUUCAAGAUCAGGGAUUUCCCAGAAAGAUUGAUGAGUUAUCUGAUUUGAGCAAAGAAGAAGAUACUGGAAGCCAUUCUGGAGACAGUGGAAGCCAAAGCCAAUUUGAGCCCAUGGCUGUUCUUCAGAAGAUCAAGGAUCGAGUGGUUGAGAUGGUGAGCAAUGUGGGUAAUUAUCUGCAGAACAUCUUUGGCACGCCCGCAGCUGAUAAGACUUAUGCAGAAGCAGAUGGCAAUCAAAACUAUGUUGAAAAGACGCUGGGAGCUUCUGUCAUUGGACUGGUCAUAAUGGUGAUCAUGGUGGUUGUGCUGAAGCGAGCUUAAAAAUUUAUAAUCUGGCAAACUACCUGAAAAUUUGCCGAGCUUACAAACUGUUUGGAAGUGUACUUUUAUUUUGAUGCAUUAAUAGAUAAUAAAAUUUGAGAUACA